AAAGUAAAACGAGCGCACCAAAAGAGGACCCUCAUCUCAUCUCCUUAUUCUCUCUGCGUAAUCUCUGGGGAAUCUAGGGUUUAUUCCUUCCUCUUUAACCCCUAGGUUCCUGAUCGGAUUGCUCAUCCAGUUCUUCGAUCUCGCAGCUCGCUGCCUGACUGAUUCAUCGUGACUUUCGAUGGAGGGAGUGGUGGAGGAGGAUGCGAAGACCGAAGCACACAUGACCUCCGCCGCAGCUUUUGUCGAAGGAGGCAUCCAAGAUGCCUGUGAUGAUGCCUGCAGCAUAUGUCUGGAAGUCUUCUGUGACAGCGAUCCUUCAACGGUGACUACUUGCAAGCAUGAGUACCAUCUUCAGUGUAUACUUGAGUGGUGUCAGAGGAGUGCACAGUGCCCGAUGUGUUGGCAGCCCAUCAGCCUGAAAGACCCUACCAGUCAGGAGUUACUCGAGGCUGUUGAGCGCGAAAGGAGUUUCCGUUUCAAUCCAUCAAGAAACGCCACUAUAUUCCGUCAUCCAACUCUCGGAGAUUUUGAAUUGCAGCAUGUUGGUGACUCUCCCAAUAUGCUUCCCAUUGGGGUGGACAACGCAGAGAUUGAAGAACGGAUUAUUCGGCACCUGGCUGCUGCGGCUGCUAUGGGGCGAGCCCGGCAUGCGGCAAGAAGGGAGGGCCACAGGAGCAGGUCCUCAACUGAAGGUCAUCCACAGUUCAUGGUGUUCUCCUCGCAUCCUAAUACAUCUUCCCUACCUCCUGCACACAUGCCUUCCUCUCCAUCUCACAGAGGAGAAGGUGAGACAGCUCCCGGUAUUGUCACCAACCUGCCUCCGUCCCCACCGAAUGCUUUUGGGGAUGUUUCUCCACAGCUGAACACCCAGCCAGCAUCUUCCUACCCCGGCUCUCCUUUACCAUCUGAAUCAAAUGUUCUUUCUGGAAAUCAACGCGGACCCAUCUCCAGCAGCAGGUCUCUUAAUCAAUCUUCCCCUGGUGGUCAAGACACAGCCGGCCCGUCAGAUCUCCAAUCUUUCUCAGAAUCAUUGAAAUCUCGACUGAAUGCUGUCUCAACGAGAUACAAAGAAUCGAUUUCAAGGAGCACAAGGAGCUGGAAGGAGAAAUUUUUCUCUCGCAACACCUCCAUGGCAGAUAUUGGUUCAGAGGUCAGAAGAGAGGUCAAUGCUGGGAUUGCAACAGUAUCACGCAUGAUGGAACGUCUAGAAACGAGAGAGAACAAUAGAUCUGGCACAGCCUCUGUUUCAACUGGCUCAGAGAGUAACACACCUUCCGAAUCAAGUAACGAGCGUAGAACAGAAGGUGCGAGUGGUCAUUCUUUGAAUGAAAGAGGGGUUGAGGGCACAAUUACCGUGGGUUCUGGUUCAAGCGGAACAGUGCUACAGAACCUGCAUCAGAGCUAGCAUCUGGCUGGAAAAGAGAGAGAGAGAUGAUGAUGAUGGUGACUUCUCUCCGUUGUGAAAGACUAAUAUAGUCAGUCUCGGGCAAGAGCAGUAGGAAUCCAUAAACUCACGAUUCAGAUUCUGAAUAAAUAAAUAAAAAAAGGUACGAAGAAGAAAAAGAAGUGUCUGAACAAUGCAACGUCCAAAAGACUGAGUUGUAAAUUCGAAGCUAUCUUUCACUGUGGGAUCUUAUCUGUAGAGAGUCUCUUACCUUAUAUUUGUUUUUUUAUGUGUAUUGCUUGGCGAAAUGAACCAAGUUUUAAUA